AUGGAUGAGCCACCGCUCAAGCGGAAGAGGACCCACUCACCCGACGACCGCGCCUCGAGUCCUCUGAGACAACCUCCACGCCGUCCGUCUUUCGCGUCGCCUACAAAGACCAGCCUUGCGCGCAAAUAUCCGAACCUGCCACCUACAUCCACGUCCCGUCUGAGCGCAUCCCCCAGACGCAACGGCCGAGAUGUGUCGCCCGGUACUGACAACACCUCGCGUGCGCAAAAGGCCGAUAGGAGUGCCCCUGUGAAUGGGAGAGAGGAUGAGGAGCAAGAUCAGCCACCUCGAGGUAUCCUGUUUUCCUCACCAAGCAAGCGCCCUCCACGCGCCAAGAAUGCUGCAAGACACUCACCAUUGAAACCGAAAGCGCCCGCAGUACAAUCGGACGAUGUCACACAAACUGUGGAAGACGGACCAGCAGAGGAAGAUGCACACGAAGGUGCUGUGAAACAACCUCCUGACCCAGAAAUUGAGUCGAGGAAGCAGGAGAAGGCACAGCUCCAGCGGGAAUUGGAGAUACUGGAAUCCCAGGUGUCGAAAUGUGUCGAGGAGAUUGAUAAAGAGCAACGGCGAGGGCCAAAUGAGGCGCUAUCACCUCAGGAGCGUAGAAAUCUGAGCAAUUUCAUCACUGAAAUCAGCGGGACUGAUACAGAGCCGGAAAAGCCAACAAUAGCAAGUUUGCUUUGCUCAUUUCUGCCGUUUUCUGCCAUGCCCAUUUCUCGCCCACGCCCAAAACAGAAAGAUAGGCCAGUCCCUUCGCACCGUCCAGUAGAGGUGGCAGAUCCUCUGCCUUACCUCGAAAUGUUCACGUCGUUCAAAUUCUCAACCCAAGUCAGUCUGCCCCGGCGUAGGGGGGUGUUGUCCAGACAAGCCCAACAGGAGCACGUUAUCGAUAUCACCGGGCCGCAGAAACUGCUCACAGCUCAGUUCUCCGUCACAAUCGAUGCUCUGGCGUCCGAAAUCGUAGAUUCGCAGGUGCUUCGUAUCUCCCCCUGGGCCGAGCCGGAGUUGGGCGUGUUUGUCCGAGCGAGAGCACAAGAGAAGGAUCUCGGCAACGCUUCGUGGGCCAUUGACUCGUACUGGGAUAUUGCAAGAAAGCGGGCACAAUACUGGCACAAGUGCGAGACGACAUUUUCCCAUCUCCUCGAAGGUCGCACACAAAAGGACAUUGAGAACGCCCCCAAACCCCGGAAGAACCCUACAAAGUCCAUUUCCCGCAAGGACCUGAAUCGAAGUCUGGGUCGUGACACGCUGGUAUUGCAGGAUAAGCAUGUCCUGCUGAAGCUGAACUGGCGAAUCGGUUUCGAUUGGACUGGUGAGGCCGAGUCGGACGUCACCGUAGAGGCUGCCUUUCCUCAAGUUUGGUCCGAGACAGAUACAUCGGCCAGUCUGAAGAAGGUGCCGGAAACAUUUGCCUCGCUGCUGCGUAGCAAGGGCGCGUUUGAAGCAACGAGGGUCAUGGUGGCUUUGUUGUUUGCGCAGUAG